CUCCCUCGCUUUCUUUCUGACUUCUCUUCUCCUUCUUCUCCCCUCUCUCUCACUAAAUCCUGGAAGCAAAAGAGAAGAAAAGAGAGAGAGAGAGAGAGGCUACGGGAGAAAAGGAGAGGUUUCGAAAUGGGAAACUGCGUUGGUGCUCCCGUGAAAUCUUUGAGCCCUGCAAGCACCAGACCUCCCAGUCCAGGACGCUUGACGACGAAGAGCAUCAGCAGCACUCCCACGACUGAGAAGCUGUCGAGCAUCAGCAACAGCACCUUCGGGCAGUCCACGGGCAGCGGCAUAAGCAUAGAUGAGGUGUACCCAGAGGGCCGCAUCCUGGAGGUGCCAAACCUUCGGAUAUUUGCAUUUGCUGAAUUGAAGACUGCCACCAAGAACUUUAAGCCUGACACCGUCCUUGGAGAAGGAGGAUUUGGGAGGGUGUACAAGGGAUGGGUUGAUGAGAAGUCUCUCAAUCCCUCGAAGAGUGUGGCCGCGAUGGUGGUUGCUGUUAAGAAACUAAAUCCUGAGAGCAUGCAGGGUUUGGAGGAAUGGCAGUCUGAAGUGAAUUUCUUGGGAAGGCUUUCACAUCCCAACCUCGUCAGACUCCUGGGUUAUUGCUGGGAGGAUAAGGAACUCCUCCUUGUCUACGAGUUCAUGGCGAAGGGGAGCUUAGAAAAUCACCUCUUCAGAAGAGGGGCAGCUCUCCAGCCACUGUCAUGGAAACUAAGGUUGAAGAUAGCCAUAGGUGCUGCUCGUGGUCUUGCAUUCCUGCAUACAUCAGAGAAACAAAUAAUUUACAGAGAUUUUAAGGCUUCCAACAUUCUUCUAGACUCGAACUACAAUGCAAAACUCUCCGACUUUGGAUUGGCAAAGAAUGGGCCAACUGGUGGAGAGUCCCAUGUCUCCACACGAGUCAUGGGAACAUACGGUUAUGCAGCUCCAGAAUAUGUGGCUACCGGCCAUCUAUAUGUGAAGAGUGAUGUAUAUGGAUUUGGAGUAGUGUUGCUGGAAAUGCUCUCCGGUCAGCGGGCACUCGAUACAAGCCGACCAAGUGGGAAGCAUAACUUAGUAGACUGGGCUAAACCACUCCUAUCAGACAGGAGAAAGCUGGCAAGGUUGAUGGAUCCACGUCUUGAGGGGCAGUAUUCAUCUAAAGCUGCUCUUAAGGCAGCCCAACUCACUCUAAGGUGCCUUGCAGGUGAGCCUAAAAACCGUCCAUCUAUGAAGGAAGUUGUGGAGACUCUUGAGCAUAUAGAAGCCUUGAAAACCAGAUCAAAGGAGUCUAAAGAUCUGCCUUCCCGGCAUAUCGCCCGAAAUCAUAGCCCAACCCCGGUGCAUCAAUGCUCACCACUUCAUCCAAGGCAUGAUGGUACUGGCUCGAGUAGUUCUCGAGCCAAUCAUCACCAAUCUCCUACAUUAAGAUGAUGCAAUAAGCAAUGAUUUGAUCAGUUGUGCUUGUAGAUCAAGCCCCAUUUUUGUUCUAUGUAACUUUAACUAUCGAUUUUAUUUUUUACAAUCUUGGGUGUUCUAGGGGCUGAAGGAUGUGUAAGUAAUUUGUGUUGGUAAUCCGUUAUUACUAUAUCCUAGAGUAAGAUGACAUCAAAGCCCUGUUUUGGUUAGUUGUACUUGGAGAUCAAGCCCAUUUUUGUUCUAUGUAACCUAAUUGUUGCUAUUUUUUAUAAUUCAAACUUCAAAGGGCUAUGUGGCUUCAAGAAAGCAUCAAUAAUUUGUAUGAUAGUUAUCCAUAUAAUAUGACAGCAUCAGCAUAACCAAGAUAUGAGAGCUUGAUAAGAAA